AUGCACGGCGCGCGCUUCGUCCAGCAGCUGCGCGCCGGCUUGCGGCAGGGCUGGCGCGCACACGCCGCUGGCGCGCAGCGCAACGUCGCCGCCGCUGCCGGCGCCGCCGGCGCGCUCGGCCAGCUCGUGCAGCGCGCCGGCCUCAAGCUCGCCGGCGGCGCGAUGGUGCUCGGGGGCGGCGGCACGGCGGUCACGAUGAUGACGCGCGAGCAGCAGGUCGAGAUCGAGGCCAGCAGCGAGACCGCAAAGCUGGCAUGGGUGCAGGCGCUGGCCGCGCAGCCGGGCAUGCGGGAAGUGCUUGUGCCGGGGCAGCAGCUGCGGAAGCAUCCUGUGGGGCAACUGAUCAGCGAAGAGGAUCACUUGGUGGGUGCCACGGGGGUUUUCUCGUCGUAA